GGCUCAUGUAAAGAGGAUAAAUGACAAGAUGCUGUAGGAACUAGGGACGUUAAAUGCUGAAAACAUUUCAGAAUCACCGAAGUUUCAAUUCUGAUAAUCGACGAAUUAUAUUUUGAAUCAAUUGCCUACUAUUAUACUUGUUUUUCUUUACAAUCAUAUUUCGAAUGGAUUUCCUAAAUCAAGCAAAAACGUUUUGUUUAAUGAAGAAUUUCGAGAUGAUUGUCUGCCAUGAUUGAUUAUUGGCGUCCUGUGGCGUAGACUUGAUAACUUUUUAUUGAUAUAAUAUGUGUGAAGUACUUGAUUUUUAAUGCAUAGUGGCUUUGAAUUAAAUUGUGAAACCUAGAGUACAAGUUUUGCAGUAAGUCAUUUACCUACACCUUAAUGUGCCUGUUUACCAUCAUGGUUUUUAAUUUGUUCUGACCAAAUUCUUAGUGAUAUCAUCAUUUCAAUGAAUAGCCAUGAACCGAACUGCAUAAAGAGGAAUUAUUCGUUAUUUUAACAAUGGUUGUGGAUGUGCCACGACGUAUUCCUCAUUACAAAAUGCAACCUACAGGAAUGAGCCCCAGAGAAUUAUCUGAGAAUGAUGAUCUUGCUACAUCACUGGUGUUGGACCCAUAUCUGGGAUUCAGUACCCACAAGAUGAAUAUCAAGUCGAGACCUCCGUUGAGAGCUAGUUCAACUCAAUUGCGUUCGAUAAUGGAGCAAUUUGUGAAAACUCAAGAUUAUAAGACAGCCCUGGACUCAAUAAUGAAGGGGGAUUGGGUGCCACGGAUGAGGUCUAAAAAUCAAUUGAAGAAAUUCGAGGAACAUAUAUACAGAUACCUCAGGGUUUUCAGCAAAGAUUCCGGUUUUGUUAUAGAACCUUGCUAUCGAUACUCUUUGGAAGGCCAGAAGGGAGCCAAAAUUUGUUCUACGAAGAAGUGGUAUAAGAAUGAAAAGAUUGAAUGUUUAGUAGGAUGCAUAGCUGAACUUACCGAAGAAGAAGAGAAACAACUAUUGCAUCCCGGUAAAAAUGACUUUUCUGUUAUGUAUAGUUGCAGGAAAAAUUGUGCACAAUUGUGGCUUGGUCCGGCUGCAUAUAUAAAUCACGACUGUAGGGCGAAUUGUAAAUUUGUGGCUACCGGAAGAGACACUGCAUGUGUUAAAGUCUUGAGGGAUAUAGAAGUAGGGGAGGAAGUGACUUGCUUUUAUGGUGAAGACUUUUUCGGAGAUAAAAAUUGUUACUGUGAAUGUGAGACUUGCGAAAGGAGAGGAACUGGGGCAUUUGCGAACAAAAGGACAGAUCAGAAAGAAGAAAAUGGAUAUAGACUUAGAGAAACUGAUAAUCGCUUGAACCGUACUAAACAGAAAAUGCAGACAAAGAACGAGUUAGGAAAUGUAUAUAAUAAAGUUCCCAAUGAUAAAGCUUGUUCGCCUCUCAGUAUCAAGGAAAUGCGUCAAAAAGGUUUAACAAAAUAUGAUGCUGAACUCUUAAUUGCCCAAGGCUGUAAGUUUUCGGAUAUUAACGACUUCAAAACAGAUAAACCAAAUUUAAAUUCGAAUUCUGUAAAUAGUAAAAUUAAUUUAAAUUCUAAAAACUCUAAGAAGACUGUGAUAAAGGAAAAAAAUGCUUCAUCGGCUAACUCUAGAACUGAAAGAUUACAAAGGAGAAACGCAAGACAAGCUAAUCAAGACUCGACAGAACCGAAACAUAACAACAGAUCAAGCCUUUUGGACGAUCUUCAAAGUAAUGCAAGUAGCUGCACCGGCACUCUCAGUGAUCAGGAUUCAGUUAGUGAUGGCAUGGUCCUUGUUAAAAAGUUCAACGACUGUGAUGAAAGUGGAAAAGGCUUGUUGACAGGAGCAGUGGACGGAAUCAAUCUUAGAAGCCACAAGGCAUCUUUCGAUUCUGGUGUAGAUCUAAGUCAAAGUAAAUCUUUCAUAGAUUUAGAUUCACUCCAGGAUGGAAGCACAGUUGAUUGUAAUCAGAAUGGGGGUAUUUCGUCAACUGAGCAACUCUUUUCAGAUAUAAAUGGCUUUGCGGAAAAUAAGAGCAAUUUGAAGAAAAGAUCUGGUAAGAAUCGCAGAAAAUUCAAAAACACUGCCAAUGAGAAUAAAAGAAAAGAUGAAAGCAAAAAUGUGUACGAGUUUGAUGAUGGAGAAAAUAUAAACUCGGUGGAAUUAAGACAGAAAAAUCACACAGUGACAAGUAAUGAUAUUGAAAUGAAUAGUGAUGGUGAUUCUGAUAGUGAAACUGAUAAAAGACAGCCUGAUUUUAAUACUGCCAUUAUUGAUAAGGAGUCUGAUCGUAUUGAUACACCACAAAGUGUUCAAGAGGUACCUAAUAGAGAACAGACACCUGACAAAUGUGGUAGUUUGAAGCUAACUCUAAGAAUGAAGCGGUCCCCUGUUCUAGACGAAGUAAUUGAAUCUGGAAAUAGUUUGAGCGAAGAUACUUUCGAGCCUGAAUAUGAAGUAUUGAGAGUAGAAGGUCUGGAAGACAACAACUUUUCCCACUUUUCACAUAGGAAAAAGAGGCAUAAAUCGAAAGACAGGAAAAGGGAUAGAGAUCGCAAGAAGGUCUUGGAUGACGUUCCCCCAAUUCCCUUGAAAAGAUUAAAACUGAUCAUUGGCAACGAGAGCCAUACCAUCAACUUCCCCUCCGAACACGAGAACUGACAAGAAGUGUACAGGAGCUAUUGCCUUUUCAAUUUGAAGUCCACCUUUCUUUAUGUGUACAGCUUAUUUUAAUUUCUGUCGAAAUAAGUUCAUAUAUGUAUUAUAUAGGUUCAAAGAAUUUUUUUUUUCGUCCAUAAUUUUGUAUAUUUCCUCUGAUAAAAAAAUUUAGGUCAGCUUUGAGUCAGCUGUGAUAAA